CGGUGGCGCUGACUGGUCUUUGCGGCGUUGGCGGCGGCAGAGACGGUGAGGGGCAGGAGACUCGGGGCGGUUGGAAGCCGUGUCCUCGGCCCCCGGGACGGAUGAAGCUCCCUCUUCUUGCCGUGUUUGCUCUGGUGUCUGUGGCUCACUGCGAGGAUGGUGCCAGGCUCCUGGCCUCCAAAUCCCUGUUAAACAGAUAUGCAGUGGAGGGCAAGGACUUGACUUUGCAGUACAACAUCUACAACGUUGGCUCCAGUGCUGCCCUAGACGUGGAGCUGUCGGAUGAUUCCUUCCCCCCAGAAGAUUUUGGCAUCGUCUCUGGCAUGCUCAAUGUCAAGUGGGACAGGAUUGCUCCAGCCAGCAAUGUGUCCCACACCGUGGUUCUGCGGCCUCUCAAGGCUGGGUACUUCAACUUCACCUCUGCCACCAUCACGUACCUGGCACAGGAGGGUGCCCAGGUGGUGGUUGGCUUCACCAGUGCUCCUGGGCAGGGAGGAAUCCUGGCUCAGCGUGAUUUCGACAGGAGGUUCUCCCCUCACUUUCUGGACUGGGCGGCAUUUGGUGUGAUGACCCUGCCUUCCAUUGGGAUCCCCCUGCUGCUCUGGUACUCGAGCAAGAGGAAGUAUGACACCCCCAAGAGCAAAAAGAACUGAGCAGAGUCCAGUGCUAGCAGUAGCAGCACAGAGCUCGGGAAAGGACACCCCCGAACCCCCAAGAACAGCGGCUGGGUCGGGAUCCAUCCCCCGCCAGGUGCUGCCUGCGUGGUGCUUCAGCCCUCUGGGCAAAGGAUUCGGUGGCUGCAGCAGCAGCUGUGAAGUUUCCUCUGUGUUCGAAUGGAGAAACAAGCAAACAGAAAAAAGAACAACCAGAAGUCCAAACUGCCUUGUCCAGCCCCUCUCUCUCCUGUGCAGCUGCAGCAAUCUGAGCAGUGCAGUGUGUUAGUGCCCAGAGGGGCCUGGCUGUGGGGCUCUGCCCCCUGUGCUGCCUCCAGCUCCCAUUUGCCUGCUGCCGUUUUCUGAAACACCUUUCCUCUCCUGUGAAAAUUUAAAACGUUUAAUAAAGGACAAUAGGAAAUAAGGACCAUAGAGCAAAGGUUUUUAUGGUUGGGUGCAUCUUGACAAUAAGCCAAGAGCACACUGCCACCUUCUGGGAUACCCCUUAAAUACAUUUUCCCUUACAUCAGCAUAUUCAUAGACCCUUAUGCAUAUCCAUAAACUAGUUUACAUAUUCCAGGAACUAAUUUACAUGGCCUCUCCUUGGGUCUGUCUUUUUAGAGCAUGCUUGUUUCUUGGCUGUGGUUUUGGCUCCUUCUCUUUAUCACUUCCAGUUUUGGCCAUGGCCCAUAUUUUCUUCAGACAGUGAGUGCUGAUAGUUGGCAUAUCUGUCAGGUGUCCUCAUCCCAUGUUCAUUGGAUAUCCCAUCCAAGCAGGCAUUUUAACUCGGGCAUCCUUAUAUCAGCUAUUUCACUACUAUGUCUAAGCUUAAUUAACAGAAAUAAAAACUACAUCUUUAUAACAAAGUUACUUUAACAUUACACAUAUAGAAUCCAUUUGAAUAUUUGCAAAAAGCCAAUAUUAUAAUAUGUAUCUAUAACAGUAUCAUAUCUCAGGGUCCCCUCCAGGUGCUGCCUGCCCUGUGGGACAGAGAUGGCUCUGGUGACACCACAGACCAGAUUUGACAGAGGAUGUCACAGCUGCUGCUUUGC